AUGAUCCCCGAGCUCGCCCUAGCAGCAGCAGGCGAAUCCCUCCGCAACCGGCCACACACGCACGACCCAUGGCUGAAAACGGUGCUGGUCCCCUUCUGGACGCUGCAGCUGCUGGCUCAACUCACCUUCCUGACUUUCAUCAUCAUGGAUAUGAUGGGGGAUGACUUGACUUUUCCUAACCCGGCGCUGGGCAUACAGGGGGUGAAAAGUGGCGUGUGGACUGUGGUUUUGAUUGUGGUGACGACUGUGCAUUUGGAUUAUGAGAGCGAGCCGUGGGUGGAGGCUGGGGCGGCGACGGGGGCGGGGGCAGGGACAAGGGCGGGGGGGAAUAAUGUCAAUGGCGGGUUUUGGGUUGUCGUGCUUUGUGUGAUUGAGUUUCUCCUCUUCAAAGGCACGCUCCUCUACGCGCUCAUAAUCAACAUCCGACACCGACGCACGCUGCGUCGUCUGCAGCAGUGUUCGGAUGAAUUCCCGAUUCCCAUGCCCAUCCCUACGACGCAGCACCAUCACCACGCCUAUCAGAGCACAGCCCCGCAUUACGAGCUUCGCCAGACUCGCGGGGCGUGGGCAGAUGAUGCGCACAUGCGUGCUUAUGAGGAGCUUGUGACGCGGCCUAUGGGUUUAGGGGCCAGGAAGGGGGUGAGGAGGGCGCCGAGUUCGGAGUAUUCGGGGAGUGUGAAGAUCGGGUAUGUGGAUUCUGAGGCAAGGACUGGGGAGGGGGAAGGGGAAGGGAAGGGGGAGGGGGGACGUAUGGUGGUGCGACGGCGCGGGGGAGUUUUGAUGUGA